AUUGUAAUCUCCGUAGAAACCGGUUUUCUACAAACGCCAUCUUGCUCAGGUAGGUAUCACUGACGAAGUUUGCCAUCAGCUCAUCAGUCUAGUGCAGAUGUGCGCAGCCGUGUGUCGUCCAAUUAUGUUUCUGUUGUUAUUCGUAUGUUUUAGUUUCUCCGCGCUGUCCGUCAACGGACGAGCAGCAAAGGACUCCAUAAUAUUUCCAGAUGCCGUUUACGGUCGAUUUAACCAGAGAAUAGCAGUAUCUAAUAGUCAAGAGGUGCUGAGACCUUUAAGACAAAUUAAUCGUCGUCCAACUGGAAACAAUAGACAAACUAACGGUGAGGACGAGGACAUAUUCAGUGGAAUCGACACUGACUGGGUUAAUAAUAACAACGGACAGCAAAAUUCCGGCAACAGGCCAAAUGGUCAAUGGUCGAACAACGGUAACCAAAACCAAGGUUCCGGUAACAGACCGAACGGACAAUGGUCGAACAACGGCAACCAAGGUUCGUCGCAAGGUUUUGGCAACAGACCAAACGGACAAUCGUCGAAUAACGGUAACCAAAACCAAGGUUCCGGUAACAGACCGAACGGACAAUGGUCGAACAACGGCAACCAAGGUUCGUCGCAAGGUUUUGGCAACAGACCAAACGGACAAUCGUCGAACAACGGCAACCAAAACCAAGGUUCCGGUAACAGACCAAACGGACAAUGGCCGAACAACAAUAACCAAAAUCAAGGUGGGUCGUCAAACUCGAAUAGCCAAAAUGAAAGCCAACAAUCGUCGUCCAGCUCUCAAGUUGGCCAACCUGACCGUGAUGCCUGUAACGCGCGAUGCAGAGAAAGAGUGACGGGUGAAUACAAUCCUGUGUGUGGGACUGACGCCAUGACAUAUCAAAACAGGAGGUUCCUAGAGUGCAUUAGCGACUGUGGAAUCCAAACAAACUUGAGCUACAACGGCAAAUGUAUCACAACGACUGAACGCGUUGCAGUUCGUUAAUCAUUUAUAUCGUAAAAAAGACCCCUGCGUUCUUGAAAUUAAUUUAUAAUAACUAUUAAUAAUUAUUAUUGUAUUAUACAUUUCAACUAUAUUUUGUCAUUUGAACAUAAUAUUAUUG